UUUCCCAAUCCCAUCAAUCUUAUCGGAAAUAACCAAGAUGGCGACUGAAAGAAAGAAAAAGGAGAGCAUAUUUGAGUUGUCCAAAUUUCUUGAUAAAAGAGUUCGAGUGAAAUUUCAAGGCGGAAGAGAAGCUACAGGUGUUUUGAAAGGUUUUGAUGCCUUACUGAAUGUAGUGUUGGAUAAUACAACGGAAUGUUUAAGAGAUCCUGAUGACCCAUUCAAACUCACUGAUGAGACAAGGCAAUUGGGCCUGGCUGUGUGCAGAGGGACAGCUGUGGUUUUAAUUUGUCCUGUUGAUGGCAUGGAACCCAUAGCAAACCCAUUCUUGCAACAAGAAUGAACUUUUUGUCAGCAUCUUAAAAACAUUUUUGCCUGGUACCCAAAAAAUCUGCUCUUUACCCACCUUUUGUGAGACAAUUUUUUCCUACUCUCUUUUUUAGGCAAAAUGUGAAGUUCAAAGAAAGUGCAGUAAGGGUUGUUUUGCCCAUGGAUCUUUUUUUAUGUAUGGGUGUCUACUCGCACAGCUUUGCAUGGACAUUAGAAGAAAGGUUGUAAGAUACUUUGGGAUUUCAUUCCAAUAUUCAGCAGGAUAUCAAGAGUAGCCUUCUAUAUCUUGUAAGAAAAUAUAAAUAAAGUAAAGUCCACAAUACUUGUUUAAACAUGUGUAAUUUUGUUUGUAUGCUGGGAAAAUAGAGCAGUUUUGAAUUACAUACAAUUUAAGAUGGUUUGCACUGCUUUGGGCAAGCUGAAACUGGAACAAGAAGAGACUGGCACAAGAUAAAGAGUGAUGUGCAUGAGUUUUUAACUUCCAUACUUCUUAUCUAAAGCAAACUUUGGUGUGAUGUUCUUAUCUGCCUUCAGAGGGGUUAGAGGAAAGACACUAUAGGCACUGGAAGUCUUUCCAAUAUAAAAUUACAUGGUUUACAAAUCCCUGCUUCAGUUUUAGAAAAGGAUGAACACCGUUUAUUUUUUUCUCAGUUCGUGAGCAGGCAGUAUUCCACAAAUCCUGCAAUCUGAUUGGUUCCAAGAGUGAGCAGUAUUCUCCCCACCUGGCCUGCUCACAGCGGGCAGUAUCCAAAAAAUGUUUUAAAGGUUUCUUGGAAGCCUUUAAAAUCACCUUUUAAUAUCAUUGUGCAAAUAAAUAUGUUUUGAUGAAA